CAACCUAAACAUUACGAAACUUAUAUUCGAUCAAAUUAUCCUCACGUAGUAAAUUAGUAUUCCAUUUUUUGCUAACCAAAUUAGACACUGUCAUAUAGACCUCCAUUACAAAAAAUCCCCACUUUUUCUUCAUAUUGCUGUACUCUCGCGCGGACAGAUUUUGGAAGUAGUUAAUCCUCUCGCUUCGCCUCUUCCUCUCUGGCGGAGUCUAGUAUCGGGAGAUGCCGAGGCUGUGGGAAGAGACUGGGUUUCACCUAUUGCAACUGCCAGGUUUUGGGUCCGGGAUGGGGUGGAGCCCAUGGGGAUAGCAAAGGAAUGCCAGAAAAGAGGAUGAGACUAGAGGGAUAGUAGGCUAUCCGUUAUUAAACGUUGAAGUUGUGUAUGUGUUACUGAAAUUUAGAUAUUCUUAUCUGUCAAAUUGAAUGUAGUAGGCUACUCCAGCAUAAAUCUUGGAUUCCAGGAAAUUAGCAUAUAGUUACCAUGGUGAUGGAAGUUUACUGAUCCAAUGAGUUCCACAAUAUUAUUGCUAGCUAUUUUAGGAAGUUUUCCGCUAACUUCUAGCUUUUUAAUUAGCUAGUAGAUCUAUUGUGUCUCACUUUUGAGAGUAAAACUACUAGUUUUUCCCCAGCAUUUUUUAUUGCCAAGUUAAAGAACAUCCCCAGGAGUCCGCCCAUCGCGAAAAUAAGACAGCCAGAUUGUAGGUGGUCAGGUUAGAUGUCAGUUUUGGUCACGUAGCCCAAACAUCUGCUUCGACAUAACGAAAUAUGACAGCGCUUGCUGCUGGUUACUGGAUAUCUGAGACAGAAAAGUUCUGAAGACGUCUCCCCCUCUGAAGGGCCUGAGUGGAGGGACAGGGGUUGAGGUCGUGUUCUUGAGGUGAGCCUUGGGAGACCAGGCAACCAUAACAAGAUGGUGAAAAAAAACACAGGACACUCACGACAGUCAUCCAUAUCCAAGACAGCUGGUGGCUCCCAGAUAUCCAGCCUCAAAGACCUGAGCCUGCUGGAUGAAUCUGGCCUUGGGCAGGAGGAGAUGCCAGAGCUGCCUCCAGAACCCCCCACACCUGAUGAGGGCCACCUGGGCUUCCCAGACCCUGUCUACAUGCUGGCGGCAGUCAUCUUUCAGAACACUCACCUGGAGAAACCUGCUGCCCACCGGUUGGUCAGUUAUGGCAAGCGGGCGGGGCUGCCCCUGCCUGAGGCCAAGGAUGAGGUGUACCAACGCAGCUCGUAUGAGCUGGCCUUCAACACACUCAAAUACCAAGAGCUCCUGGAGGACAUCAUGAUUGACAGCUGCUUUUAUCUCUCUCAGCCAAUGCCUGAUGACCAGAUGAGUCUGGUGGCAGUGAUGCUCUACGACUUCCAGGACAGGAAGUUCCUCCCUCGGGAAUGCCAGGGGGAGGAGCUUGUACAGGAAGUCAGGGAGGUGGAGAACUGCCUCCUCAGGUUUAAGACCAAGCUGGCAGCCUCCCUGGCUCGCAGUAGGAUCAAACAUGACCUCCUGACCAUCGACUGCAUCCUCCCUGAGGCUGUAAGGAAGAAACAGGAGAGAGCCAACAGGCUGCCCCUCUACGCAUGGAUCAACACACUCAAAAGCAGCUUUGAAGAGGUGUGCGGCGUCCUGAAGCAAGGGGGAUUCUCUCAGGUGAAUUCAGUCGGGCAGUUGGAAGGGCAGUCCUUCUGUCAGGACCCCCACUGUGCGGACAUGUUGGUGUUUCCCCACCAGCUCAAAGCUGACCUGUACCGCACCAAGCUGCUCAGCGACAACAAGCUCAUCAUACAGGAUAAGUCGUGUAGUGUUGGUCCCUGUGUGGUGUGCCCCCUGUUGCCCCCAGAGGGGGACGUCCUGAUGGCUGGCUCCACCUCCGGCCUUACCGUGUCACACACCGCCUCCCUGGUCGCCCAUGGCAACAGCCAAUCGAAAGUGUUAGUCUGUGUUGGCGACCGCCCACCCGCCCAGAGGGAGGAGCUACAGGAGGUCCUUGCCAAUAUGGCCUGCAAGAACGUGAAGCUGAUCCCUGUGAGUUUCCUGUCUCUGGACCCAUGUGACCUGAGGCUCCAGCGGGUCCGGGGUCAUCCUGCUGACCCCCCCAGUGCUCCGUGUCUGCAGUCAGCAACCCUGUUGAAUUCAUACUGCAAGAAAACGGAGCCUGAUGACCAGAUGAGUCUGGUGGCAGUGAUGCUCUACGACUUCCAGGACAGGGAAGUUCCUCCCUCGCGGGAAUGCCAGGGGGGGAGCUUGUACAGGAAGUCAGGAGGUGGAGAGAACUGCCUCCUCAGGUUUAAGACCAAGCUGGCAGCCUCCCUGGCUCGCAGUAGGAUCAAACAUGACCUCCUGACCAUCCCGGGACUCUUUGAAGAGGUGUGCGGUCCUGAAGCAAGGGGGAUUCUCUCAAGUGAAUUCAGUCGGGAGUUGGAAGGGCAGUCCUUCUGUCAGGACCCCCACUGUGCGGACAUGUUGGUGUUUCCCCACCAGCUCAAAGCUGACCUGUACCGCACUUUCGGCUGCUCAGCGACAACAAGCUCAUCAUACAGAGGGGGACGUCCUGAUGGCUGGCUCCACCUCCGGCCUUACCGUGUCACACACACCGCCUCCCUGGUCGCCCAUGGCAACAGCCAAUCGAAAGUGUUAGUCUGUGUUGGCGACCGCCCACCCGCCCAGAGGGAGGAGCUACAGGAGGUCCUUGCCAAUAUGGCCUGCAAGAACGUGAAGCUGAUCCCUGUGAGUUUCCUGUCUCUGGACCCAUGUGACCUGAGGCUCCAGCGGGUCCGGGUCAUCCUGCUGACCCCCCAGUGCUCCGUGUCUGCAGUCAGCAACCCUGUUGAAUUCAUACUGCAAGAAAACGGAGACACAGACCUGCUCCAGGACCUGUCCCAGGGUUCCAUAGCCCAGACCAAGCUGGACGCACUGGUGGCCCAGCAGAAGAGAGACAUCGUCCAUGCCCUGAAGUUCCCCAAGGUGCAGGUGGUGGUGUACUCUACCUGCUCCUCGUACCCUGAGGAGAAUGAAGAGGUGGUGAGGAGAGCUCUGGAGCAGGCUGGGCCUACUGAGGGACCCAAACUACAAGUCUUCAGGCCGAGCUCUUCCUUACCCACAUCUCUGGGCCGAGCUGAGGAGAGAGCAGGGGGUCCGUUCUUCAGACUGGAUCCUUCAGACGAAACUAACGGCUGUUUCCUAGCUGUACUCACCAGAGAGCCCGACCUGGAAGAGAUCGAGUCUGCACAGGAAGUGCUUGCCAGGGCAGCAGCCACGGGCCUAUUGGACGGGAUCGAUUCCAACAAUCCAACCAGGAAGGAGAGGCGUGGCCGACAGACCCACCAGGCACCAAUCAGUCACGGCCGCUCAGCUAAUACACGCCCACACGCCACCGCCAGCAGCCAAUCCAGAGUCAUGGAGUUCCUGAACCGUGAGACCAAGGGUAGUAGCUCCGCCCCUACGGUGGGGUCGACCAAUGGAGGUCUGUUGCAACGAGGUAAAGCCAAGCCUGCUCGCCGACGCCCUCCCAACCCUUCCCUCUCCAACAGUACCUCCUACACCUCCCCUUACUCCGCCCCUAACCCCGCCUCCAUCCCCUCCAGGAAGAAUCUGACCCGCCUCAUCAACACUGCAGCCGCAUACAACAACCGCCACUCGCCCACCGCCACCAACCCCCCUGCUGCCCCUUCCACAACAGCCCCCUCCGCCCCCCUGGUCAACCCCGGUCCCCCUAAGGGUCGUCAGGAGGUGCUGCGCCCCGUAGCCCUCACCCUGCCCCCGGUCCUGUUCCCUGGGUACUCCCCCCCGGCCAGACAGAUCCAGAACCUCCCUCCGUCCCCCCAGAGGUCCAACCCCACCCUGGCCUACUACCAGUGGAAGACCUCACCCCCCCAGGUGCUCCUGGUCAAGUCCUCUGGUAGUGUCAACGAAAAGCCUGUCGUCAAACACGCUCGCCCCUGGCUUUGACAAUACUUCAGGCAAAUACACACAGACACACACUCAAUUACUAAAGACAAAAAACACACUACCAUACACUGAAAUAUAGAAGACAUGUUACACACACACACACACACACACACACAUAUAUAUAUAUACACACGCAAGUUACAUUCACACACAGUGUCCAUAGUGCUGUCAGUAUUAUAGUUUUACUUUGCAAUGAAUAUAAAGCAAAAACAAUGAAGUACCUUUAAAGUAAUUUCACUUUAAUGCUUUUCGUGUGUCAUAAAACAAGUAUGCCAUAUCUCAAAUAUACAGUAAUUGUAUAUUUUUACAGUAGUGCCAAUUACCAAAUAUAUGAUUUCAUGACUUCAAUGACUUGACCCAUUACAUGAGAAAAUAAACCUGCACUUUCAAGACCUUC